CAUGCACUGUGCGACUAACUGUUGGUGGUGCUGACUGUGUGUAGUAGUUGUGUUGUGUUUCGAUUUGUAGGUAGACAGGCAGUCAUUUUCAUACAUGCAGCUCUAUAAAUCGAGGUGAGAAUACCACGAUCUCAGGUUAGUGAUUCACGGCAAUAUUAUUCAUUCCAGCAGUUUUCCAUCGCUUCAUAAUUUAACCACUUGUUGGGAUAUUCAACGAACAUCCAUCAGUAGUUUCUUUGUGGAGUCCGCAAAUGCAAGAGUGGAUUGACACCAACGACCUCCGCCGUACAAUGCGCCCUGUGUACCGUUGAAUGUUUGGCCGCGUAAACACCACGGCACUCCGAGAUUGACACGUACACCGGUGUCAAGGUUUCAAACACAAAGUCUCUACACUGACAGUACUCGCAUGUAAAAACCACUUGUUUGUGACAUGUGCUGAUGUGUGGGUCUGGCCUUGAUUAACGUUGAUGAAGGGUUGGGCUGUUGAAGCAAUUUAUAACUACAUGAACUAAAUAAAUCCAUCCUGCAUACCAUCCACGCCCUGUCCAAGAAAAAGCUGGACGAGCAAAUUAAGGUUAGUCAUUUUACAGCAGCAUAGAAAUUAACAGACCACAUUAUUUUUAUGGAUUGUGAAUGUCACCUCUAAUCUACCCUUUACCUUUACUGAAUUGAGGUAGUUCGUUUUGUGCAAAGUUCUCUGCAAAUGGUCUGACUUUUUUUGGAAAUUAAAGCCACUACACUCACUAGUGUUGGUGAAAUCAAUUGUUGAUGUAUAUCACCAUAACAACGACACCGCCAUCCCAAGCUGAAAUAAUGACGACCUCCGGCCCACCCACCCUCGAGGCCUUGGAGCGUUCUAUGGAGCAAUCGGGUCUUAUCCUCACCAAGAAGAACAUUGCAGAGGAAGAGUCCUUCGUCGUUGAGCUCCAUGAAGUCUUCAACGUGGGUUACCUGACCCUACACCCCUUGCUCGCUCUCCCAGUGAGUUGGGCUGCAGCGAAGCUACACCCAGCACCCAACAGACCUCUGAACACUGACCUGUUUGACGAACCGGAUGAAGUGCUUGAUAUUGCUGCUGUUUUGGCUUUCCCCAAGGCAGUGGAGAAACUGCAGAUUCCCGCUCAGUUGGAAGUGUUCAGAUGCAGUAGAAUAUCGCUUCCACCAAAGAAAGAGGGCGGAUCCACAGAAGAUGCACUCCUCAUCUACUCGUACAAAAGUCAGGAAAACAACAAUGAAACAGCAAUCAAUGAUGCAGACCAGCAGUAGAUGGAGCUACACAAGUAGACAUUAGAGCAAUUCAGAUGAGCCAGUUCAGUCAAGAUUUUUUCAAGAUUUUGUCAAUAUCCAUCUUGUAUCAUUGUAAGGGCAUGCUUAUGUAUUAUGCAUGUAGUUUAGUUCAUGUAGAAUGGUACAGUAUGAAGUUUGUUCUGAAGAAACACAUUUACACAAGGUUUGCAAUGUUUUUCUCUUCAUCCAUUUGUGAGAAAUCACUGUUUUUACCAAUAAACUAAAUUUACAGUUAUCUAAAAAGUUGCAUUCUACUUGCUCUAGCAUAAUGCAGCAUUCUCUCGAAGACGAUCAAAACGUUGAGUCGUUAACCAUCGGUUAUUUUCAGAACCAAAACUUUUUACAUGGCGUUACCGCAAACCUCUCUUAGUUAUUCUUCCAAGUACCAUGCAAAGUUUAAAAUCCUACUCACAAUGAAGAAGGUAUUUGCCGAUUUAUUUCUACAUUGUACAAACCUACCUGAACACUGCCUUGGAUAUUAAUAAAAAACAAUGUCAAAAGCAAUCCACCACAAUAUAAUUUGAUGGUGCAUUAGCAAAAAAGUGCAUUUUUAAAUGAAAAAUAAAAACCUUUUGUAAAUAAGUAGAAACGGCAACUAUUUUUAAAAGAGAUGUUUGAGAAACAAUACAAAGCUGUGCAAACUUUAAAUGUUUUGUUGUUUAGGAAGCAAUUGGGAGGAAAGGACAGAUAACAUUUAGUUCAAAGUUAUUAAUGAAAGCAUGAACAGGAAACUGCAUUAGGUUGUCGUUUACAAGAUCUUGAGAAUCUUGUCUAGAUGUCAAGUUUACUCAUGACUGAGGCAGUGCACAUACUUUGCGGACAUACCUUCCUUCAAAGACCAGGGCUCAAUUUAUAAUUUGCAAGAAAUGACAAUGGUACAAGUCACAGCAAUGGUAACUGUAUGGUAUUUUUGGCUGGUAAACCUACAUAUUUUUUAUAAGCAUAGGUUGUUGUGCUUAGGUAUUUUUUGGUGCGUACGGGCUUAAUGAAAUUGUGCCCAUCUAGAGUUUCCCUAAGCACAAAAAGUAGCUAAGCACAACAACAUCAUACUUACCUGAAUAUGGUUACUAGCCACACAAAUAUCUCUCGUGUACAAUUUGCGACCGGUAUCCUAUCCUGCCCACUCCUGCUUAGCAGACAAUUGUCAAGCAAUAUUUUCUAUGAAAGUUGGUCCAGUUGGUGUACAGUUAUCGUUCAGGAUUUUGACCCAGACAUUUUACCUUGAGCCUAGCCCCUGGAAGUGAUUUGCUCCACCCUUAUUUCACCCACACCCAGCAGCUCCUGUAAAUGGUACCAUCAAGUGAUUUCUGUUAAAGGGAAAGUAUGUUUGGUAAUUACUCUGGAAAUCAAUAGCUUUAAAAAAGUUUCUUGGUUAGAUCUACAGCGGCUGUUGAUUAUAUAAAGUGGGUUGAGAAUAAUCUCACUUUGAAGUAACGUGGAUAAAGGCAGUGGACACUAUUGGUAAUUACUCAAGAUAAUUAUUAGCAUAAAAC